GUUUACUUUUCAUGGAUACAGGUGAUAGCUAUACUUCAAACUUAGCCAUGGAUAGUUCAACCUAGUAUGGCUUACUUCCUUCUUCGAGUCUUGCUCACUUUGCAAAAACGAUAUCACACGUCUCGCCCUUAAAACUAUGUGAAGAAAGGAGUCAAAUAAGCUCGGUCGAACAGAGAAACGUCACGUACCCGACAUUGUUCGCUCCUGGAUUUUGUAAGAAACUAUCCAGAGUCAAAUCCAGACACCCCCAACUUCUUCUCCAAGUACUUCGUAAACUCUCGUACAACUGCUUGGUUGACUCCUGGGUUACCGACCGUGAUACCGGUCUUCAGAUGACGCCAAACAGUGCUUCGGGCGUUUUCAGCGUCUCAGAGGCGAGCUUCACAUCAAGUGUCAAUGAAGGGGUUGCAGUUUCAUUUGAAUGUUUCCAAAUCCUUACCUUCGAAAAUCCCAGAACAAAAUCUUUCUCGUCAGCAACCUACUCCGGGAACAAUUUCAGACGCUACGGUCUUGAAGACAGCGGAAUAGCGAAGAACAGACCUUCACAUUCGUCUCUACUCUGAUGGUGGGCAUUGUUGUUAGUGGGUCGGGACAUUUUCCAGAGGGUACGAUGAGAAUUUAAACGAACGGGGUGGGAAUGACCAUCAAGUCAUUCGCUGCUUAUCGAAACCAGCUGACUAUUUUUGUAUUACCGAGGCAAGGAAAAAACUGAACGUGCGAGUCUUUUUUAAUCAUGAGAACGAACUUGCUCCCGGCCAAAAAUCACAUUCGCGAUUACUCCUCUUUUUCCCUCCGCUCAGAUGCCUCCGCCCUUAGUUUGGCUUAUCACAGGAACGUCCUCUGGCCUUGGAAAGCGCCUCGUAAAGUCUGUGCUUGACCGCGGCGAUUAUGUGAUCGCUACCGCUCGUCAUCUAUCCAAAAUCCAAUCUUCCGAUAUCUUCUCUCCCUCUGAACAUCUCAAACUCCUUGAACUCGAUCUCUCCUGGGACUCUUCUCGCAUGCAGCGCGUUGUUGAGGAUGCGAUCGGAUUUCAGGGCAGAAUCGAUGUGCUAGUGAAUAACGCGGGAUGGGCUCUCAAGUAUCUCGUGGAGGAUUGCGGGGUUGAGGAGUUCAAAGAGCAGUUUGAGUGCAAUUUUUUCGGUGUCGUGAGGUUGACAAACCUGGUAUUGUCGGGUAUGCGACAGCGAAGACAAGGAUGCGUAGUGAUGGUUGGAAGCAGGUCUAGUUGGCUUUCGGAGCUACCGGCGACUGCGUUAUACACAUCCUCGAAAGCCGCGUUGAGAGUUUAUAGCGAAACUCUAGCCUCAGAAGUGGCACGAUUUUCUGUUAAAGUGUUGAUCGUGGAGCCAGGUGCUCUACGGACGGAGGGAAUCGUCUCCGCGCGACCAUACAUACCUCUCGGGAACAUCCCGGAAUAUCAGGAUCUGCGCGAGAGGGUGGAUACGUACUACAGGAUCGACGUCGAUGGAAAACAACGCAAUGAUCCCGCAAAAGUAGCAAAAGUCAUCGUAGACGUUGUUAAAGGAGAGGGAGCUGCUGGUGGUAGACCUUGGCCACUGUACCUCCCGUUAGGUGUGGAUGGCGUCGAGGCAAUGAAGAACAAAUGUGAGAGGCUCUUGGAAACAAUAGAGGAGUGGAAAGAUGUUUCAGGUUAUACUGAUCACGAUGAUUAUCGCAAUAAUAUAUAGACG